AUGACAGGAAGACCCCAAAGGACAGCCAGAAAGUGGAGACCUGGUGGGAGGAGGACCUUAGGAGCCAGGAGGUACAACAGUGCCACCACCAUCCUGACAGUUUCCUUUCUUCCCCUACAGACAGCCAGUGAGCCCUGCAUAGCUAAGUUUGGUCCAUUACCCUCCAAAUGGAAAAUGUCACCUAGCCAAUCUCCUUGCGUGAAUUAUACAGCUGACUGGAAGCUAAGAAUACUUCAGGAUGGCUUGUAUUUAGUUUAUGCUCAAGUGGCUCCUGAUGAAACCUACCAGAGCUUGGCUCGCUAUGAAGUGCGGCUACUAAAAAAUCAAGACAUCAUACAAGUGAUUAAAGACAAAUAUAAAACUGAAUAUGUAGGGAAGUUUUUUGAGUUGCAUGCUGAAGAUACCAUAAACUUGAUAUUUAACUCAGAACAUCAAGUUCUAAAGAAUAACACCUUCUUGGGCAUCGUUUUAAUAGAUUAUCUCAAAUUCAACUCCUAG